CCGUUUUCUUUGCAUUCUAAAAAUAAACAUGGCACCUUCCACUGUCACUUUUAUUUCCCUAUUACUCUUUGUUGUUACUUUAGCUGCAGUCUCAGCUGAAACUAAGAAAUAUGCAUUUGCGAAAAUCAAGAGUUGUAGUGGAUGUUCCUUGAACCGGCUUCCGGAUGUCAAACAAUUUAUUUUCCAGGAUGUACCACAAUACAAAAAUGUUGAAUUCAAACAUAUUCAAGGUGCAAAUCCAGAACUUAUUCUUUAUGAUGAAAACGAGGAGGAAAUGGAGAGAUUAAAUUUAUCAAGCCUCACACGUCAAGAGUGUAACGAUUUACUUGUAUCUAAAGGUUUCACAAAGUCUACUCCUCAAAAAGAUGAAAUCUAAGGCUUUCUAAUUAGACAUACAUCAAGGAAAUCGAUAUAUCAAUUUGAGUUGCGUUUGUAAUUAAAUGCGAUUAGGAAGCUUCUUACAUAUUUUGUUUAAGUUCAACUAUAAACAAAAUAUUUGAAAUAUUCUUCUUCAAUUAUACAUUGAAUAAAU